GAUACAUGAACUGGGCUGCUUUUGUAAGACGACUAAAAAAUCACCGUGUAUUGUUGAUUUGCAGUAUAAAUCAUCAUGAUUACAUUGAAGAACUAACAAGCCUGAAACAUUCGGUACAAUCGGUACAUACUUUCGUAACUAAUACCUCAUUUCUUCCUUACACUUGUGCACUCAUUACAAAAUUUUAUACUUAAUGGUGACAAGAUUGCCAGAUUGUCUACUACCAACACCAAGUAUUAAAGUAAUAUAAGUAUAUAGUAAUACGUUUGUGGAAACGGGACAGCGCAAUUCAAAAUGUAGAGCUGAUCUCUCAUCGACCCAAAUCCACCAUAAUAUUAUUUUUUAGACGUGACGGUAUGUUGCCUGAGAACGCCCUGCAUUUGUUCAUUAACAAAACAACGUUUCAGGUCAAUCAAUCAACCAUUUACCCCAUUCCGAUGUACCGACCCGAUCACAAUAGAAACUAAUUACCGACAAACAACCAUCGCCUGACUUAAUUAUAAUUAUGCAAUGUUAUUCUUUUAUAACUAAACACAGAAGCAUCUCAGCUUCAGUGUAAAACGGACUUAUGACAGAAUGAGGUACAUUUGCUUGUUGGUCUUGGGUUUGGUCGCGAUAAAUAAAAUAAAAUGUCACGUGACAGAUCGAGUUAAAAUUUUGGAGAACAGUGAGACGAUAACGACUCAGACACCGGUUGGGAAUAAGACUCAAAUUGGGGUAAAGGGUAGUGAAAAACAUGAGUCUCCUAAAGCAGUGAAGAAUAGUGACGGUAGCGUCUAUCUUGAUGAUGUGUUGUUCACUUUGAAGAAUCAGAACUGGACGGAUGAGGAGGAACCUUGCUUGAAACAUAUUAAGCUGUUGCUGUACAGUCUGCAGAACUUCACUCUGUGGGCUGUUUGGGACUGGGAUUCCCAAGCUUCGGAGCCCCAAGGCCUUCUUUUCGCGAACCGCUACCAACUCGGGAACUUCGACCAGUGCAUGAGCGCGCCGUGGGCCAAGACUCACAAGGAGCUGAAAACAAAAUACUGCCUCGCUGAAAUCGUUUUAGAAAGAACUGACAAGGCUGUGAGAAAACGUGUCGAAAAACCUUAUUACCCUUAUGAGUCUGCCUUGGAUUAUAUUGAGCACCGCCCGCCCCACUCUCGACCAUUAAACGAGCUGACAUGGGGCGCGUGUGUACCAGCCGCCUGUGCUCCGAGCACUGUGGAGCGUCUUCUCGGCGUGAUGCUGGCUAGGAGCCACCUCGGAGCGGCCGGCAUGAGAGCCAAUAUCAGCGUUACUGAGACCUGCCAGAGUAAUGAUGACGAGAUGGAAUAUGACUCGCUGUUCUAUGCGUUUUUCAUAGUCAUUGGAUUACUUGUGAUCAUUUCUCUCGCCUGCACCUAUUUGAACUGCCGAAGGGAUUCUGAUGAAAGAAAACCGGGUAUUAUCCAAUCUUUCUGCAUAAGGGAAAAUACUCUUGACCUUCUUAGAAUGAAAAAGGAAGGCAUAGAAGUGUUCUACGGCAUCCGAUUCUUGACGAUAUGCCUCAUAGUGCUGGACCAUCAGAUCGGGAUCUAUAAUUCUGGACCAAUUAGUGAUGGAUUUACUUCAGAUCAGGAUGUUCAAUCUCCACUCGGCCUGCUCAUCCUACAUGACGAUCUCUUCGUGGACACAUUUUUCUUACUAUCAGGUUUUCUUGUUGUCACAAAUAUUGCCAAAAUGAAAAGAAUGCCGAAUCCAUUGUUACUAAUUCUAAAGAGAUAUGUAAGGUUAAUGGUAGCGUUUGCCGUGGUGAUAUUCUACGUGUGUGCGGUAUUCCCUUACACUGGCACCGGACCUCUUUGGAACAGGGCGGUCGCACAUGACACCGAACAAUGUCGCAAGAACUGGUGGCUCAACCUUCUCAUGGUCAGCAAUUACAUCGACACUGAGAAUAUUUGUAUAGUAGUCUCCUGGUACAUCCCCUGCGACUUCCACUUCUUCGUGGUCACCGUCCUGGCGUACUAUGUGUACCGUCGCGUCCCGACCCUCGGCGUUACCAUAGCAACCGUCCUCACUGUCGCUGCUGUGGUCCUGCCCGGUGUCAUCAACUACAUCUACCAACUGUCUGCCGUGCAACUGUUCACUUUUGAGUUUGUCAUGAACCCUCGUGGUAAUGAAGAGUUCCACGUGACUUACAUCAAGAGUCACACUCGUUUUGCCGCCUACCUGGUUGGGUUCUACAGCGGAUACCUGUUUGUUACUUACAGCAAAGACGGCAAUCUGAAUAGGAUAAAACAGAAAUGGUCAGUCCUGGGCACCUGUGCAGCAUUACUCUUGAUGCUGGUGGUGAUGGUGUUUGGAAGUACUUUCUUAUGGCGCAGCUACCACCCGCUAGAGGGCGCUGUGUAUGCCGCGCUCAAUAGACCCGCCUGGGCUUGUGGUGUAGCACUACUAGUGUUGUGUUGCUCAUUUGGGAAUGUCCCUCUGGUGAAGUCAUUCCUGAGCUGGUACCCGUGGGUGCCGCUCAGCCGGCUCUCCUACGGGCUCUACCUCACGCACACCAUACUCAUCACUCGAAACGUCUUUAUUACGAGGAAUCCACAGCAUAACGACUACUUUGAAAUUAUAAACUCAACUACUGGCGUCAUAUUCUGGGGUUGUAUUGGUGCUCUUCUGCUGUGGCUGUUCGCCGAGGCGCCGGCUAAUAAACUGUUGUCUCUAUGUCUUCGAUCAAAAGGCAAUAAGAAUACAGCAGCAGUAGAACCAACCCCAACAUCGAUAAGAACUAGCGAAAAUAACAUGCCAACCAGCAGUGGACAUCUCCAUGGAAACCUGCCAGAUACCAUACAUUUUUCAUCAAAAUUUUAAAUCAAAUUAAUUUAACAUUUUAUUUGCUCA